UAUCCUGUCUAGUAAUUGGGGCAAGUUACAUUGUUGUGUCUGUGCCUCUCUGUGAGCUGAGCUCCGCUUGGACUACAAUUCCAGGAGAUCCCCAUGACCCUCCCUUUUCUUUAAGCACUGCCUACCAGCAAAAAAAAAACUCUCUAUAUCUUCUCAAAACCUUUCCGCGUACGUCAAUCCGUCAGUCAUCGCCGUACGAUGUGGAAGUUUUCGUAGCCUCGUCUUCAUUUCCCCCCCGUCUUCUUUUCCCAAGUUCAUUUGUGAUUGCCACGUUUUGUUUUCUCUUGCUGUUCGAAUCGUCCCUUCUCUCCUCACACCGUAGCUAGAAUACAAGAAAGAUAUUGAAAUGAAUCCCAACGAUUGCAGCAGCAACUUGUGGGUUUUUGGCUACGGUUCUCUCUGCUGGUUGCAAGGUUUCGAUUAUGGAAGUCAUCAGUUAGGGUUUAUUCGCGGAUUUUCCCGAAAAUUUUGGCAAGGUAACAACUCUCAUCGCGGCACAGCUGACAAGCCUGGCCGCGUAGCAACUUUGGUCAAAGAACAUGAGGCAAGCACUUGGGGAUUAGCUUUCGAACUCCUGGGCGAAACGGCACUCAAGUAUCUGAAUGACCGAGAAUGUACUAAAGGUGGUUAUGAAACUCUGAUCACCACGUUCUUUCCCCGAAACGGUGUUAUGACGCCAUUUCCGGUUUUGGUAUUUCGAGCCACGGAACACAAUCCGCAAUGGUUGGGUCCGGCCCCACUUCCUGAUGUGGCUGCUCAGGUCACGGAGUGUAAGGGAGAAGCUGGACAUAAUAGUGAAUAUGUACUACGACUAGCAGAAUUCUUUCGUGAUAAUCUUCCAGAAGUCAUUGACGACCACUUAUUUACACUUGAGCACCUAGUUCUUGAGCGAAUGAAGGAGAAGAAUAUCAGUUAUGUCGAAGAUGAGCCAGUCACUCAGGCUAAACCAGAAGUAUUAUCAUUAGCUGACGUCGCUCAGCCUGCAAACAACCCCAAUCAGGAAGUUCGCCGCGAUUCCUUCCAAUAUCUCUCUCGGGUUCCUCCUUCCAAGAAACUACUCUGUCUCAAAGUGUGACACUGAUCUCUCUUUAUUUUCCUCUGAAAUACGACCGUGAAAAGCAUUUUGUUAUUAGCGAAAAAUGUUUGGAAAGUUCGACUAUGUGCACAUGGAUCGCACUUAUACUCGCAAAAAUUUCUUCAUCAAAGUUAUCAUUUUGUGAUUAUCCAAUAAAAAAAAUUGCCAUUCAAAUUUCUGCAGAGCCACACUAUAUCUAGAUUCGCCGCACCGCAAAGCCGUGCAUUUACUCCAUUUAGCAUCCGUCCAUUGCAUGCACUUUACUUUAUUUAUUUUGUUUUAUUUGAACAUUUAUUUCCAGGACUUGUAUGACGUAUUACGUGGAGUUGAAUUGAAUUUCUCAUUGUUGCAUGGAUUGUGUAGUGAAACUGACUAAAGCCUUUGGUAUGCAAAAUUUUGGGGGGUUUUCAAAAUGAUUUAUUUGGUUUUGCUAUAAUAUAGUUUCAUUAAAAAUUA